UUAUCCGCAGCUCAUUCCUCAACAGUUGGACGCUUAAUUCGAGCUCCCGUCCCGUUCGCUAUCCAUGAAUUUUGCGGAAAGCUCGCUCUCCUAAAGAAUAUUAAGGAUCAUGGAUGCAAGUUAAAGCAUAAUCCCCUUAUGAAACCAAGCUUAAUCAUCGAAGAUGGUGAAAACGGGGUGUCCAAAUCAUCUGCUGAAGCAACUGACACUGAGGUCUUUGAAAAUGAGUCACUUGUGAAAGAAAUUUUUAUUCAUGAUGAAUUUCAACGUGGUUCUAAGAAAAGUAUAGAGCAAGAAAAGGAUGUUGAAGUUACUGAAUGUAGUCCUGUGGCAGUCUUAAAAGUAGGGACUCAGGACACCAGCAAGCUUUUAAUGAACGCGAAACAGAAUCGCGAGUAUGGCCUCGCUAGAAAAGAAAACGACUGGAAACUAGAUGUCAAGUUGGCUAGGGAGAGGAUGGUUCAAUUGAAACUUCCGGUAGCAGAGUCUGUAAGGCAC